AACUUAUAAAAAGGCGAAAUCCCAAACCCUAGGUUUAAAAUGGGAGGCAACGAAGGAGGAGGAGGAAGAAUACGAGAUAUGAUGGUAUGGGGAACAUGGGAAGAACUGUUAUUAGCCUGCGCUGUUAAAAAACAUGGAACUAGCAACUGGGAAUUAGUUGCCAAUGAAAUACAAAACAAAAAUACUAAUACUAUUGUAACACCUCACAACUGUAAACAGAAAUACCACGAUCUUCAUCAAAGAUUUAUGAUCGUUGAUGAUGAUGAUUCUGAAAUAACCGAUGGUCGUCGCCAUAAUAAUAACCAUAAUGAUAAUGAUGAUGAAAAUCUAUAUUCAAAUAACAACAACAACAGGAUUCCUUGGCUUGAUGAGUUGAGAAAACUUCGUGUUGCAGAGCUUAGACGCGAGGUGCAAGAAUAUGAUGUUUCGAUCUUGUCUUUGCAAUUGAAAGUAAGGAGAUUGGAAGAAGAAAGAGAAGAAAGCUUAAAGAAAGAUAAUAAUAUUAAUAAUUUAGAUGUAAAACCAGAUCUAUUGGAAAACAGAGCCAAAGAGGAAGAAGAAGAUGGGAAGCAGAUUCAAACUGAACCGCUACGAUCCCCGAUUGAGAAUAAAGCCGAUAAACCGGUUCCUGGUGAUGAAUCUGACCGGGAUAAUCAGUCAUUUAACGAGUCUAAUUCAUCAGAUCUAAAAGAUGUGAAGAAGAAGAGUCCAGAAGUUGAGAAAAUACCAGAAACAGUUACAGAGAAACAGGAUCGAUUGGGGGAAGAUUCGUGCAAUGGAAGUUCUGAAACUAUUGCCAAAGAUUCAGUUGUUCGAGACGUGAAGAAAUCAUCGGAGACGACGAUCCCUGUUACAGAAACUCGUGAACCAACCGAGUUAUGGGAAUCGGUGGCUGAGUCAAAAAGUGGUGGUAAUGGAGGAGAAGAAGGGACAAAAGAGAGUAGCGACGUGCAAAGUUCUGCGAGCUUAUCAAAGAGAAAUCGACGGAGGAAAAUCACUUCCGGAAGUAGUAGCGGUGAAGAACGAGAAACAGACGAGGUUUCUCCCGCCAUCAAACGGAGCUCUGUUAAAUCAGAAGAAGAACCACCGUUGCUUGGUUUUCUCGACAUGAUUCUUUCUCACAAGUUUGGCUCCCUCUUCGAGAGCCGGCUCGAAAGCCAGGAAACAAGUGAGUACAAAGGUCUAAUCAGACAACAUAUAGAUAUCAAAACUAUUCGAACAAGAUUGAAAGAAGGUAGCUACAAUGGUAGUUGCAGCUGGAAAUUCUUCAGAGAUUUGUUACUUCUUUUCAAUAAUGCUAUUGUCUUUUACCCGAAGAAUUCAUCAGAAUCAGUUGCAGCUACCGAGCUCCGUGAUUUGGUUCUCAAAGGAAUAUCGUCAAGAUCGUCAAGGUCAUCAUCAUCUCGUAGUCAAAACAACAACCCCUCACCUAGAGAACCCACUGCGCCAAAACUACAGCAAUCAACAUUACUCUUGCCUAAAUCUGAUCCUGAACUUUCGGAUUCGUUCCUGCCAAAAUCGAAACCAACUGGCCUGAUCUUUGCGUGUCGAAAACGCAGCUCAAUCUCUGCUAAGGCGGGAAACAGCGCUAAACCAGUUGAAUUCAAAGGAUCAGAUCAGAAGAUUGUUGAGGAGAAACCAGUUUUGGAUAAGAAACUGAAAGAAAAUGCUUCUGCAGUGGAAGAACAAAUCGUGUUUAGCAAACGAAAAGGGCAAAGAUCUGUUUCUGGUGCGAGGAGUUCAGCAUCAAACUUUAAGAACCGCAAUAACAACAACACUGACAGAAAUAGUUCAAAGGGUGGCAGUGGUUUUGGUGGAGACGAGACUAAUUUAGAGACUAAGAAAGAGAAAGAUAAAAAGAAUGACAGUAACAAUGCAUCAACAGCAUUGACAGAUACAGUAGCUAAGAAGAAAAGUGCGGCAAACUUCUUAAAUAGAAUGAAGACGACUUCUACUUCGUCCAAUAACGUUAAAUUGUUAGAGACGUUAAAGAAUUCAUCUUCAGGAAACAACUCUAAUACUACUAGAGGAGAAAAAGGAGGGAGUAGUAAGGAUGAAAAGCAUCGAGGUAAAGGUAGUGGUAGUGGCAGUAAGAAAGACGAUCAAGUUACAAGACAGGGUGAUCAAGUUACAAGACAGGGUUCAUCGAAAAGACAAAGGGCUCAAGAAAGCAGUCCAGUAAAGAGAAGUGUGGGGAGACCACCAAAGAAAGCACCACUGCUGCCGCCGCCAUCAUCUUCAAAGAGAACUAGAGAAAGAGAAAAAGAGGCUGAAGCAGAGGUUAGACAGCCAAGGAAACGAACAAGAAGGUGAAGGGGAUAACAUGAGUAGCUCUCGUGUUUCUCUUUAGUGUCAGUGUGUGUUUCGUUUGUAUUAGACUAGAUUUUAUUUUUCUUUUGUGAUACAAUUGAUUUUGGCACUGCUCGGAGAACUUCAGAACGCUUUUUUGGAUCCUACUCUGAAAAAGGCAUGGAACUACUUUAUCUCAAGAACGGACCCUUCUUGGAUUCACAAGGUGAAGGUAAAAGAACAAUUUUCAUGGACAAUAAGCAAAGGUGAGAAGAUGGGAAAUAAAGUUCGACAAUUGUUACCUUUUGCCUGUUGCAAUUAUGUGGGCUCUCUCGUCCCAAAGAAACUACAAACCUAAGUCAAAGAUGGUGGGGGUGGGAAAAUGAGAUCUGUUCAUUUCCAUCCCAUAAUGGCAUAGGCAAAUAUGUAAAUGAGGUAGAGGGCUCGGUUCUAAUUGGGAUGACAAUUGUCUCACUCAGAGCCGACUGUCCCACUUUGAGUUGAUUAUAGCUAGUUCAAUCCAAUCGUUAUAAUCUCAUUCCGUACGAAUUUU